UGAAAUGUGCAUGAUGUGCAUUCUUUAUACUGACACCUCUUUUGUGGUUCUCCUGCCUCAAAAAUGGAGAGAAACUGGUAUUUCAUGGAGGGACCAGAUGCGUUAUGACCAGUAGUUGGUAAAGAUGAUCACAUGAAAUUAUGAGAUAAUAAAACACUUUCCUUAGUCAUAGAUCCCCUCUACAGAAGUUGAUGGGAUCACCUUUUUCUCCUUUCCUAUUUGAAAAAUUUAAGCAGGGGGAAAUCUAUUAAGCGUAAGCCAGCCAGUUGCGAUGCUGCGUUUUUGGUGGAAGCACCCAGCUGUCUCCUGGACCGCAACAUUCACCGGUUUCUCGGCCGUGGGUGCGUCCGCAGGAUUCCCUUCUUCCGCACUCCGCCUCCCGGCACGCCCCGCAACCGACGCGAGCCUACAGCUCCCGGCAUGCCUCGCUCCCGGCGCCGGCCUACAGCAUCCGGCGUGCCCCGCUCGACUCUGCGCAGCGUCGAACUAUAGCUCCCGGCAGGCGCCGCGGCGGCAGGAAUACAUCACCCAGGCGGCGCCGCGUCGCCGCUCCGCGCAUGCGCCGCCGAGGGCUGGGCUGUUGCUCCCUCACGGGCGGCUGCGGCGGGUCCUCGCCAUGGAGUCCUACGAUGUGAUAGCGAACCAGCCCGUCGUGAUAGACAACGGCUCGGGUGUGAUUAAAGCAGGUUUUGCGGGCGAUCAAAUACCAAAAUAUUGCUUUCCUAACUAUGUGGGCAGACCAAAGCACGUUCGCGUUAUGGCCGGUGCUUUAGAAGGGGACAUUUUCAUUGGUCCAAAGGCAGAGGAGCACAGAGGUCUUCUUGCAAUCCGAUACCCGAUGGAGCAUGGCAUAGUGAAGGACUGGAAUGACAUGGAGCGCAUCUGGCAGUACGUGUAUUCUAAAGACCAGCUCCAGACUUUCUCAGAAGAGCAUCCUGUGCUGCUGACAGAAGCACCCCUAAACCCGCGCAAGAACAGAGAGCGUGCUGCUGAGGUGUUUUUUGAGACCUUCAAUGUGCCAGCACUAUUCAUCUCCAUGCAAGCUGUGCUUAGCCUCUACGCGACCGGCAGGACCACGGGAGUGGUGCUGGAUUCUGGGGAUGGUGUCACCCAUGCGGUUCCCAUCUAUGAAGGCUUUGCCAUGCCUCACUCCAUCAUGCGGAUUGACAUCGCUGGCCGGGAUGUCUCCCGCUUCCUGCGUCUCUAUCUCCGGAAGGAAGGCUAUGACUUCCACACAACCUCUGAGUUUGAGAUUGUCAAGACUAUCAAGGAGCGUGCCUGCUACCUGUCAAUAAACCCCCAGAAGGAUGAGACUCUGGAGACUGAGAAGGCUCAGUACUACCUGCCAGAUGGAAGCACUAUUGAGAUUGGCCCUGCCCGUUUCCGAGCCCCAGAGCUCCUGUUCCGGCCGGACCUGAUAGGGGAGGAAUGUGAAGGACUUCAUGAAGUGCUCGUUUUUGCCAUUCAAAAGUCAGACAUGGAUCUGAGGCGAACGCUGUUCUCCAACAUUGUGCUGUCUGGAGGCUCCACACUUUUCAAAGGCUUUGGUGACAGGCUGUUGAGCGAAGUGAAGAAACUAGCUCCGAAGGACGUCAAAAUAAGGAUAUCAGCUCCUCAGGAGAGAUUGUAUUCCACAUGGAUUGGUGGUUCUAUCCUGGCCUCUCUGGACACCUUUAAGAAAAUGUGGGUUUCGAAAAAGGAAUAUGAAGAAGAUGGAGCUCGUGCCAUCCACCGAAAAACCUUCUAGCCCUGGGACCUGUCCUCAGUCUCCUCCGAAGACUCACUUAAACUCGCUUUUUUGAGUCCGAGUGUCUGAGAGCUGCCUGUGUGUGUGUGUGUGCGCCAGCAUGCCCCGAUGUCACUGAGCAAAGACGACAGCAGCAGGAGGGUUGUAUUAGUACUACUAACUUCUUUUUUGUUUUGGUUUUUUUUUUUAAUGGAAUGGAGAAAAUACCAAUCUAAAUUUCUCCAGAAUGGCCCAUUCCUUUUUCAUUUCAGUCCCUUAUUUUCUGUAUCACAGUCACAUCUGUCAUUGUAAAACAAAUAAGCAAAAACAAAGGGAACAGCUUAUAGAAACUGCCUGGCAAGCCAGAAGGGAGCCGACCACUUUAGACUGCUCAUGCAGGCUUUAGUCAGCCUGACUGCAAUGCCUGGAUUGUCUGGAAACACAUAGCUGAGGCCCCAUAGCUACUUCCUUCUUCAGUGGUGUCUUCACCAUCAGUAAGUUUUUGAAGUUGUUUUUAAUAUAUUUUUUAUUAAGAGAAAGCACAUUCUCAACAGUUAAGUCCAUUUGCCCCCACUGUUUUGGCGUGUGAGUGUGUGUAUGAGUGUGUAACUUCUUAGCCUGAUGUGGGGGUCUGCACCACAGCUGGAGAAGUUGGUGAUAGGACUUAGUUUGUAUUGCAUGGAGUAGAACAAAGCAAAUCUAAUCAGCUAUCAUUGUACUAGACGGUUAUUCUCUCGUACUUUGUUUUAAAUAUCUUUUCUCCUCUGGAAGCAAGUACCCCGGAGUGGGCAUGAAGGCACUUGUGUGUUCCCCCUCAACCUGCCAAGAUUUACAGUGCUGACUUCUCGUGUUCUUUGUAAGAGUUGAGGCUGUUUCCCUCCUUCCUGCCAUGUCAGGGCAAAGGGAGCAUGUAUUCACAGCCAGGCAUAACUCUUGUGUACUUUAUCCAUUCUGGGGCAAAAUAAUAAUUGGGAAGGUGCAUUGUAAUGUAAGAAUUGUUUUAUUUAUUGAAAUGUCUAAGGAUCUCUCAAAUACUGACCACAGCACCUGGGAAUUAUGCUUUGGGUUUUCUUUGAACACCUGUUGCCCAGCUGCCCGCUGCCCGAUGUUCGCACUGCACACAGCACCCAUGCUUAGUGGAAAGGCCAGCCCUGCACCACCACCCUGCCCCUGCUCCGCGGGGACUCGCUGGGAAUGCACCAGGGGAGAGGACAGUAAAGCACGCCGGGAGGCCAGUGUGAGUGGCACGUGUGUGAGCAGGAAGCUGUCCUGCUGGCUGUGUUCUGCUGCACUGCAGUGCCUUUCUGCUCACCUGGUGGCUGCUUUGCUUGUACUGCUCUAACAGCCCUGGGCAGCCUGCAGACCUGCUUGUGUUGGGGCAUGCCACUGUUCCUGUUUUACUUCUGCAUUAUUUGGUGCUCUCUUUCUAAUUUUCCUAUUAGUUUUCUGCAGAACGUGGCAGUAGCAAUGGAGCUGGAGUUGCUUGGUGGCAGUUCCUCCCGGUUUCUCUCCUUUCUGUUAAUUGCCACACAUCACCUUGGGGUCACUCUCAGGUGCAGAGAUGGUAAGAGCUGGAGGAUUGCCACAGAGGUGAGGGAAAGGCCAGUGCACUGCCCCAGCUGAGAUGAAUGUAAGCAUCAGGAACCACUUUCUUGGGGCUCACCCAUGGGUUUGGAGAGGCUGUAGGCAGGUGGGUAGGGUGGUCUCUCCCAGCUGAGGCCAGGCUGCUUGUUCCCCUCACCCCAUUGGAGCAGACUGUUUUUUAAGCAAGAACCUGUCAGAAAAGAGCCAUCAGUGCUCAGCCUUCUGCUGGGAAACUGGUUCUGUUCUUGCUGGCUUGCUGCAGCACAGAGAGGGGAAUUCCAGCAAAUUCCUCUCGGUUCCAUUACUGCGUACCCCAGGCAGUGCUCUCCAUCCCCCCAGCACCUCCACUGGCCUUGCAGCAGCAGUGCUCCAUUUUGUAACCUGCAGUGACUGGGGAAGGAUGGUGCUGUCUCAAUCAAGUGUUCGUUUGGUCUGCCUGUUCCCUCGCGCACUGUCCAAACCAUGUUGCCUGGUGAUGCCCAGCAUACUUAAAUAAAGUCAUUCAUAUACAACA